AUGUCGUCGGGUUGGCUCACCGCGGCUAUAUUUGUUCCCAUCCUCGCAGUAGCUGUACUCGUCGUGCUUGUCAUCGUCGUCAUCCGCCGCCGCCAAGCGCGCCCAUUGGAUGUCGAGGGAAGGCUAGAUCACCAUCCAGGCCGCGACAAGGCCGUACUCGCGACGUUUGGCGUGGAGCAGCCGCUCUUGUUUGUAUCGGACCGACCGCAGACACCAGACCAAGGAGUUGAACAGGAAAAAUCCCCAUAUUUUCCAAACGAGUCGGAGGUCCCAGAGUUGUCGACGCAGGUAUCUACUGAGCGUCGACAGACACUUUUUCAGCCUAAUCGACUAGUCCGCCAAUCGGUAGACGCCGCGCUCCCUGCUGUGCGUCCUUCGCCCUUGCGGCAGUUCGCUAUCCCGUCCUCUUCCACCUCGACUCAGUUUGAUUCCACGAGCGGCAGCGAUCGGAAAGAUUCUCACUCGAUGUUCUUUAAGCAAUUCAUCCCUAAAUUCAUUCGCAAUGAUCAAGAUGGCCAGAAACAGCCUCCUUCACACUUAUUCGAUCGUACGCCAGAUGAUCCGGCAUCCGUGCAUGGGCACCCGCCCCUCGCAGCACCAGUACAUCUCGACUCAGAGCCCAACAUGCAGGACAGCUCGCAAGCCGAUAUCCCCCCGGCAGAUACCUCUGACUGCCCACCUACAUCGUUGCCGUUUAGCAAUCCGUGGCAUUCCGGCGACGACCGUCGGGACUCCGUGCGUCAGUCGGCGUUCCCCCCCGGUACUACUCAAACAGCUGCUAGGCCAAUUUCUAUGAUGACCACGUCUGAGACACCAUGGGUGCCUUCCAUCAUGGCGAGGUCAUCACCCUGGCGCAACCUCCUAAAUGUCGUGAUUCCCUUGAAUGGGAUUGACCAUGACAGGCUGGAGUCGCCGCAGGUCGAGGUGCAGAAGCACGCUGCGUUCCGUGAGGCACCAGCUGUCUCUGGGCCAGCGCCCGAGAGGCAGAACGAUAUCUCUUUUCCGCGACCCCUGCCCAUCCCUCAAUCCCCGCCUAUCGCAUGA